ACGCAGCGCUGCUAUUGGAAAAUAUUUUCGGGGCUGCUGUCCGCUGAAAGCGCCCUCCCAUCCGCCUCACACCAUCCUGUCAACCAGAGGUUACGCCAGCCCGGGAUUACGCUCGCAAAAAUGUGAUUUUUGUACGAACACUACUACUACUGCAGCCAGUUAAGGUGUUGGAGGCUUUAGCGCGGCUAAUCUACAAAUUCUCACCGCAGGUAAAUAAGAAGCGUAAGCGGCGGAGCAGCUUGUGUUUUCUCAAGGUUUUUUACUGUGGAGGUUGUGGUACGGGACAGCGGAGCAUCGACUGAGGUUCCAGGCUCAUUGCUCUUCCCUCCCCUUCCACCUCGGAGAUGCUACCCUGCCUGCGGAGAGUCCUGCGGCCCGCUCUCUCUCUGAGAGCCGGGACUGGGCUGGCCAGAGCUGGACUCGACAACCACCAAACACCCACCGUAGCGUCCCAACCGUCACGGUUCGCCUCGGAGCCCCCGCUCUACAUGCUGGUGCAGCGGUGUAACCUGGGCACGCACCCGCUGAAGGAGCCCGUGGAGCCGCUCAACUCGCCGCGAGGAGCCAAGGAGUUUAUUUAUAGCCUUCAUCCAUCUGAGCGCACCUGUCUGCUCCGAGAACUGCACAGGUUCGAGUCCAUAGCUAUAGCUCAAGGGCAGCUGGAAAUUGCACCACCCACUGCAGCACAGUUAAGAUAUGUUUUGUUGCACAACGCACUCCCUUUCGUUGGAUUUGGAUUCCUGGACAACUGCAUCAUGAUUGUUGCUGGCACACAGAUUGAGUUAUCCAUCGGCGUUAUCCUCGGCAUUUCAACUAUGGCAGCUGCUGCCCUUGGCAACCUGGUGUCUGAUCUGGCAGGACUAGGACUGGCAGGUUACGUGGAGGCCUUGGCGUCUCGGCUGGGGAUGCAGAUUCCUGACCUGAGCCCAAAACAGGCUGACAUGUGGCAGACCAGAGUCAGCUCUCACACGGGUAAAGCCAUUGGCGUUGGCAUCGGCUGCAUCCUGGGCAUGUUCCCUCUCCUCUUCUUCAAGGACGAUGACGAGAAGAAAGAAGACCAAGGCCAGACGGAGGCGAAGGAGAAAACGCAGUCGCCACCUGCUCCAACAGAGAGCAGCAAAAACUGAAACUGUCAACUUUCCAGAGACAAAUACUAUUUGGAAUCCACUAGAAUACUUUAAACUGGGACUGACCUGCCUCACCCGGUGGACUGGAGUGUAUGGAAAUAUCACUGAACCCCAUACAGUCUAAUCACCUGGCACUUAACUUUGCAGAGGCUGAAUCAAAACUAUCAAAGGUAUACUGAAGAGGAUUUUAGAUAUUAUUUGAUUGUAGACUUUUAACUUAAGCACAGGGACCUGACCGUCUCUUGAAGAGACAUGAGACCGUUGAUUCAUUGGACUGCUGCUACUUCAACUAUUGCACCCGUAACCUCACUGUUGUUUUGACUGACUGACACAGGCUGAAACUCAUUUAUCUAACACAGUGCAGUGGCCUCUUUCUCUCCUCUGCCCUGAGUCUGAUGAAUGGAACAAAUAUAAACCUUUGACUCAAGAUAGAUGGAUAGAUGGCAAGUAGAUUAAUUGAAAGUUAGGGCCCUUGGAAUCGGUGUGAGGAGACAAAACACUAUCAGAGCUAAUUCAGAAAAAAUCUGCAGAGCUUCUUACCUGACAUUUUGACAUUGAAGGUUUUUUGUGUGUUCUCAGAGCAGUGUUAAAAUCCAUGUUACUGACCUUUCCUGUGUGUUUCCUAAUCAAUUUUUGAGCAUGAUGAGUCAAGGGAAGAGGGUCACAUUUGCAUGUUAAGAUAAGAUCAAGUAAAUAAUUUUUCAGUUUUGAUAACACUUUGUCUCCUCCACGCCCCAUCACAAACAGUCAGCUAGAUGCAGUGAGACCGCAGGUGGUUAAAUACAUAAACAGCUGCUACCUGCUUCUCUGGAAUUUUUAGUCUCUUCUUUUAUAUGCUUAUUUAUUUUGUGAUAUCACCCACAGCAGUGACAUGAAGAAGGCUGCAGUUCUCUACAACAUCUUUUACAGAACAGUUUGUUACUUUCUCCAGAAGAGUUGAGCAGGAGGGAGAGAAAAAGAGAGGCGGAGGGAGGAGGAGUAGCUGUGGCAGAAAGAUAAGGAAUCCCGACACUGAACCACCUGAGACCUCGGUCCCAUUUGCACUGACCCUCUGGCUCCAAUACCGUAUGAUUUAUCUCCUCCUGCUCUGCUCCAGCAGAUCUGCAGCCAAACUACACACCCCUCUUCCAAAGGUGAGAUAGCACCAGGCCUCUCAUCCAGUUUCUAUUACACCACAAGAGAUGAUUGUUACCCAGUUUUCAUUCUGUGAAAAAGCUGUUACUGCUUUUUAAUACGCACAACUACAUGUUUUUCCUGUACCUUCAUUAUAAUGUCUUUGCUCUACUGCCCUCUGCUGGUUGAUAUUUAAAAGAGGCGGUUGUCUCAGUUUGGUAAAACUUUUACCACACAAAUAGGUAUAAUUCAUUACCUGUUUGCUUUUCUUAUAAAGUAUUCAAAUCACUUUAGCAUGCUCUAAUUCUGGAUUUUUAAUCAUUGUUCUUAUUUGGAUAUGCAAACUAUGUCAUCUGCAGCAUCUGCCAGCUGUGACAAGAAGGAUGUGUUUGGGAUAAUAGUUUAUAAUGGCAAUACCAUCACUCCAAGUCUUAAUUCAGUUGUCACUGAUUUCCUAGUUUAUCUUUUAAAGUUUUCCUGUCGCCUGCCUGGCAAAGGUCACUCAUCUCAGCAGCAGAACCGAAGACUGUUGUUUAUGGUAUUGAAUCUGUUUAGAAGCUAAAUGAAAGGAAGCAGCCACGUGUCCCUGAAUAGAGUUUCCUUUCAGAAAAUGUUAUUUAUUUUUGUUAGAAUAUUCAGACUGGUGUUCAUGUAUGUUCUCGCUGUAUAUUCUCUUUAUCUCAAAGGAUGAUGUUAAGAAAAAGAACAUAUUUGUCAGCACAAAAACACCUUUGUGAGUAUAUUUCCAGUGGCGUUCUCUUAACAGGAAGGACUUUGCAACUGAUCACUCCAUGAUACAGUCCAUUACUAAACUCACUAAACAUGCGCUAAAAACUUGAGACACUUAUAAAGGAGACUUACCCUGUAUAAGAUUGUUCUAAUUAUUUAUAAUGUGGGUAACAGUGAUCCUAAACAGGGAUUAAAAUGAAGAAAAUGUACAAAGAAUGGAACAUAUUUAUGUAGUUAGGAUUAUUGAUCUGAUUGCUUGAUUUCCACCAUGCAUGCACUGCUAAUAAAAAAAACCCCUAAUGUAUGUGUUUACUUUUUAAGAAUAAUUAAAAAAAAAAAACUUGAGUAUGCUCUAAAAUUCUGCACUGCAGCAGGAUAUGAAUCACUUGAGACGAUGAAGUACGAGCAACUCAGGCUGGAUUAACAUGCAACAGAUCCGAUUUUUGAUUCAUAUAUACUUUAAUGGCUGUCUAAACAGGGAAUCAUGUGUUUCCCUUUUUAGACUGCCAGUGACAAAAUAAGGAGUUUGUUUUUGUGUUGCUGUGUAAAGUUUUUUGCGGAUUGGUAGCCGCUCUCUGUGGAGAUUUGGACGGUGUUUGGGAUGAAUCCUACAAGGAGCAGAAUGUUCUGAAAAGACGACUGUUCAGUGGGCAAAAUGUGAGGACAGUAAUGGUUUCCAAUAACAGUAGCAAUUUACCUCCUUGCAUUGCAUCAUUAAAUUGCCUGUCUCAGUGCUUUAAGACUGUUUUUAGUGCGUAGUCAGUCAUAGUAAGAAAAUAUAAUCUCAGUGUCAAAAUACUACAGUUUGGGGACUAUAACCUUUUUCCUAGAUUCACUUUGCACUGCCUCACUAAACCUGUUUGCAUUAUUGGGAAGAAAGCAAAAAACAUCUAUAACUCAGAAGCUCAGAGGUGAUAUGUUCUCUUGAAUUGAUUUUUAUUCUGUUUUAUCUGAGGUGAAAUGUUUGAUCAAAGAUGACUGAAAAAGUACAUUAAACUAUUCUUGAAGGGUUGCCUCCUUGGUGUGUUAAAUACUGUUUCUCGCAGAUGCAUGAAUGCAUACUUAAGGACCAUAUUUUAUACCUGCUGUUAUUUUUGUAUCAGUAAGAUGGCUGUCUAUAUUAUUUCAGUUAAUAUAAAUGCAGGUGAUGAAAGUCAUUUUGAAGUUCUUUUUGCUUUCAGUGUUUGCAUAGACCUUGUCUUAUGUCAAAAGAUGUAGAAAGCUUAACUAGUUGGAGAUUUGGAAAGACAGGAGUCAUUUAACCAAAGGACAUUUCAGUGUAUGUAGACAUUACUGUCCUACAGCUGACAGGACAUGGUCCAGUAUUUGUAGAGCACAAAAUUACUAAGAAUUAAAAUAAAAACCAAACAUCCGGAGUUGCAUGUUAAGAUCUCUUGAAACAUGGCCAGUGAAAAGGAGAAUGGUAUUAACUUUUUUGCCAUGGUAGAACAUGGAAGAAAUAAGGCUUUGGAUUUAACUUAAUCAUCAUGGGAGAUGAGGCACAGUUCUCAGUUAAAACAUAAAAGUCACAAAACUCCUACCAAUUAUAUGAAUUUUGAUCUACUCUCUUGUGCAGCAGCACAAAUUCUGAACAGACAGUUCUGUCUCUCUGUUUAGCAAUGAAGAUAGAGCACAUUGUGUUUCUAGGAGGAUGACUUUACUUUGUGACAUAAUCCACUAUUGCUUUGCUAAUAUAUACAUAUAUAUUUUGGUAUAAACUGAGUAUGUGGUCUGUAUAUAUGUAAAAAGAGGAGAGAAAUUAAUAUAGAUGGAAAAAAUGAAUUAGCAAACAAGAGUUUGUUUCUGUGAUGACUUUUAUGUGUUUUGAUUAAACAGUUAUUACCUGGCUGCAAACA